AUGGUCAUCACACGGAUUAGCCAGGAGCGCGUUGCGGCUGCGGCUCCCGGCGGGCGACCAAAACCUCCACUCAAGAAGCGGCGGAACGAGGACGUGACCCCCGAGGAUCGGCCUGAGCCCCGGGGAGGCGCCGCCGUGGUCGGCCGCCAGCUCCGCGCGCCGGUCAAGAAAAGUAAGCCGCCUCCAGUGGGUCGGUUUCGCAGUCGCGGCGAACCCAUGCGCCCUCUGGAGCGGCAGAUCUUCCGCGACUACGGGCAGAGCUGGUACCGCUUCCGAAAGGAGCUAGAGGGCAAGUUCCACCCGUUUGACCCGCUGGCACAGCAGCCACAAAUAACUACAGAUGCCCGUUGCAAACUGAUUAGCUGGCUCAUUCCAGUGCAUAAACAUUUUGGCUUUUCUUUUGAAUCCUUAUGUCUGACAGUAAACACUCUAGACCGUUUUCUCACAACCACCCCAGUGGCUGCUGACUGCUUUCAACUCCUUGGGGUCACCUCACUUUUCAUCUCUUGCAAACAGGUAGAAGUGCACCCACCAAAGGUGAAACAGCUCCUGGCCCUUUGCUGUGAUACUUUCUCUCGCCAGCAGCUCUGCAACCUGGAGUGCAUCAUUCUCAACAAGCUUCACUUCAAUCUGUCAGCUCCUACCAUCAAUUUUUUUCUUGAACACUUCACCCAUAUACGAAUGGAAGCAUGUGAAACUGAUGUUUGGGAAGCCAACAAUGCCAAAGCUCUAGCAAAAGGUGUGGCUGAACUUAGCCUGGCCGACUAUGCCUUUAACAAAUACAUGCCUUCCUUGAUGGCUGUCUGUUGCUUGGGGCUGGCUGAUCAGAUGUUGCAGCACCAGAAACCACUGGACUUGCACUUAAGUGACUAUCCAGAGGGAGUUUUACAAGACUGCUUGGACAAGUUACAUUUACUGGUCUCUUUAAAUGAGGACUCUUUGCCUUUGGUACUACCUCCCGAGAUUUCAGAUCAGUGUUUGCACUUAGAAAAAUAA